AUGGGUGCUGAGUACUUGGGCUUGACAGCGACAGGAUGGAGUCGCAUGACUGCUAGCUGGUGGGAAAGAGUCCUGGCGAUUCUCCUAGCGGUUACAGUCGCCCUUGGCUCUCUGUAUAUUCUUUAUAUCAUCGGCAGAACUUUUGCACGUUAUUGGCGCACACGCCAUAGACUCACCAAAGUCCCCUCCUCUGUUAUACGUCACCUGGACCGAUUGAAAACAGAGACACCAAAGUUCAUUAGCUCCCGAUUGGAUUUGCCAGAACCCAAGGCUUUUGGCGUUUACCUGGGAAGCUUUGCCAGCCCUCCAAACUCGGACCAGACUCGUCUGCUUUCUCAAUGGGACUUGGUAGUUCUUGACCCAUUGCAGCAUGGCGUUCUGGAUGCUCUUACUAGAAAGACUGCCGGCGCGCAUACUGUCGCAAGAUUGGAUAUCCGCAAGCUUGUCGCAACUGAUUCCGGCUCUCAGCGGGAUGAAGUGAUUCGUGCAAUUAGCGUUCUCACCAGUACCAUGUUGAGCUAUCUCAAACGGCCCCAAGACUCACAAUCGCCUUUCAGUGGUGUCCUUCUAGCAGACUGCAGCAGCCACCUUCAGCCGGUUGUCUUGAACGAAGUUGUUAAAUUUAUCAACGGCCUCGGUCUUGACGUCUGGAUGGAGUUCGGACCCAUUGAAUUCCUCGAGGAAAAGCAAUGUCGCGAAAUCGACUGGCUACCAAUCAGAGGUGUUAUCUACCGGAAUGGAACAGUUCGAACCGACGGUGACAGAUGCAACUUUUUCCAGCAGGAAAAGAUGAGAACAGUCAUGAGAGUCGCCGCAGCUCAGAAACCAAUCGGAACAUCUACAGUCGCCAUGUGGGAUACUGUGGAUGAUGGAAUCGAACUCGGCCAUGAUGUUCUUCACCGAAGCUACAAGUGGUGCAACUACAUGAGUGCCAUGAGUUGGAUCGCACCCAAAGCUGCUCUCACAGACGCGGUUGCUGCUACUGCAAAGACUGUCAUAUCUGAACCUAUCGGAGCGUUGAUGUGGAUGAAGAAUGAGCAGACUCUGGCAGCGCACGAAGUUUGGAGACACAAUGAGAAUAUCACUGCUUCCUCUACUGGGCAUGAAAAUGUUUACAACUCUUUGCAGAAUUUUGUUCCCAACCUGAAGAAGAAACUUACCUUGCUUCCGCAUCUCCCUAAGAUUGAUGCGAAGGAAGCCAUUACGGUCAAUGGGCUGCAUUAUUCAGCUUUGAAUGAGUCUCUAAUGGUGAACCCCUUCUCUAUGUCUCCAGACGGCGACGAUUACGCCGGCUUGGGAUGCUUCCAGAUGGGUCUCGAUCUCGAAGAAAAGGACAUCAAAGAUCUUCUCCAAGCUCAGCGACAAGUCCGGGAUUUGAAACUUCUGGACCCAAUCAAGCCUGAUCAGUUACGGGAUAUUGCUGGCGAGCUUGCAGUUCUCUGCAAUUCUCAGGGAGAUGGAUGGAGAGCUGCAAGCGAGCUGCAUGAUAUUCUUGUCGCUUGUGACGGUACUGAAGAUGACUGUAUUCGAAUUUACUCAGGAUUGCACUCUGGAUUCCGUACUCGCAUGGAGACUCAAGUCUGGGGUAUGUAUGACAAGACUCCCGGAUACGGCCCUCUCGAUAUUUAUCUCUCCGGUAAGUGUGAAAUUGGACGUACAGGGGCGAUUCUGCACACCUACAUGUCUAGCAAAGGCCAUUCUCGCUUUCAGUGUUUCGAGGCUGAGGUGGCUCUGGCUAAUGCUACUGGAUCUCUCUCUGAACAAUGGAAGCAUCUGCCCCCGCGAAUUGUCAGCGAUAUUGAGCAGCUCAGCCCGACUGAAGCUCUCCUUUGGCUGAGACGACUGUCUUUGACCCUUAACAAGGAAUGUGCCGAUUUUACCGCAAAUAUUCGUGCCUGUACUGAGCACCAGCUUAUCCGUGUUCCAAGUCUUGGUCAGCUCCGUGCCCUUAGCUCUAGCGAGUACUUAAGUGGCAAGGUUUCGGCUGCUGAUCUAGUUGCUUCUCGCCUGGCUUGGUACCGUGAACAGGGCUGCUGGGCCCCCGAAGCCUCGGGUGCAACUGCGCUUUUCUUGGAGAUCGAUUCUCGUUUGCCUGAAAUUUUGAAGGCUGGCGAUUCAAAAACACUUGAGCAAAUUGCUGACGUCAUUCAAACCGUUAUUCAGAAGAAUUUUAUUGACGCUGGAGUUGACUUCUUCACUUUUGCUGUUUUCUGUGCAUUCCGUCGCAUCGCCUUGGAUGAGGUUUACUUGGAAGUUCUUGACCGAAAUCCUCUCCCCAACAAUCACGAUGUGCAGGCUUCCUGUUUUGCAGAGAUGUUUGCCUUAGGUGCACGCUGUGACAUGUUCUUCGAUAUGAAGCCAAAGCUGCUUGGAAAAAUCAUCGCUGCUCGGUACCGCAAGUAUUAUCACAUCCACCCGCCACCACGACGCAGUGAGGUCUUCACCGAGAUUCCAACCGCAUAUGCUUCCAUGGAUUUGGAUCUAGAUCCUGAGGGAGACAAGAUUGAGACACCCUUCUACUAUCGCAUCACUUUCCUUGGUAUCUUCGCUUUACCUGCUCUCAUCGAUAUUAUGAUGUUGACAACUGUCGGACGUGGUCUUUACCUGACUACUUUCAUGAGCGACAUCGACAAGACAUUGGCUACAACCGCUCUUAUGAUAGCCCUUCUUGUCUGUGGUGGUUUUGGCAGCUGGAUUAGUUCUGGAGGAAGCUACUAUCUCUACGCUAUGGCUUUCCCAGCUAUGAGUAUGUUCAUCAUGACCCGCUUCAUUGCUGGGGUCGCUGUUGCCUUUGUUGCUGGCAUCAUCGCUAUGAUUGGAAUUGGUUGUGUCAAAGGGUUUGCAGCAGGUGUUUUGUUUUUCCUUUACUUCUUUUUCCUUUCCUCAUAUCUUAUGCUUCUCUCGGUGCUUGCUAUUUAUCAAAUGCCUGGAUUUGACUUUCAGUCUGGACGAACAGUCAUCAUCUGCAGCAUUCCCAUUCUCUUCAUCUCCCCGAUUCUUACCCUAUGGGUUGGCCACGACUCAGUGAUCUACCUUUGCUGUGUUGGUGUUUUCCUGACAUCUCUCCUUUUGGGUGCACGGCGAGUCAUCUCUCAGUGGAACACCUGGUAUCUAAACAUCCCCACCGUCACCGAUGGGGAGGUGACCAAUUGGUAUGUCCAGAGACAGCAAUCUCCCAGUGCUGAUCUGCUCAAAGAGCUCAGCUCUUCUACUCUUCCCCGGAAGACCCUGGUGGAGAUGGUGACGAAGGAGCGCAAGCGCCCUUUCUGGUCAAAGGCAACCAAGGAUCCAUUUGUCGCCAAGUUGGCCGACAGGUAUUCAGCUACUAUGUUCCUUCUGGUUUGGUACUGUCGGUACUCACGAACCGUUAUGCCCCUUGCCUACAGUCCUACCUGGAAUCUUCAGCUCAAAGCUGCUGUAGAUACCAUGGGAGAUAUGCAAAAGGGUCUCAAGAUGCAUAACGCUUUCCUUCACUGGCGUCACACUGGUUCUGAUGUGUGGUGUGGCAUCCUUUACUUUAUUAUUGCCUUAAUGGAUAAGUGGACUGCUCUUAUCACCGGUGAGGCACUGGUCGGUCUUUCUACUGCAUCCAGCUCCGAUUACCGUCUAUCUGUUGGUUUCGGUCUGGCAUAUUAUCUUGCUGGUGCUCUGUUCCUCGACACGGUUUCCCAGCCGCUCUGGACAUCUGUGAAUGAGCGAACCAACAAGGAAAUAUCCUCCCUGGAUAGUCUUCGCGAUGUCCUGUCUCUUAACUCUAGCAUGAGGCGAUCGCUCUACUGGAGGAACCUCACCAAGUUUUUCUUCCUUCAUAUCUGGGGCUGCGCAGUGAGCUUAGCUCUUCUCUGGUCAUUUGAAGAUAAGAAGAGCUCCACUAUCAUGUACCUGACCUAUAUUGGUGCCUACAGUGGAGUUCUUUUCUAUCAGUAUAACCGAAUCUUUACUGGAACCCAGGCGGCGAAAUGUCUUGCUCUGGGCUCCGUCGUCGGAUUCGUAACUGGUAUCACUCUUCACUGUGUCCUCCCUCCCUUUACCUGGAGCAGUGUCAUCGGAUUGGGUGCUGGUACAUGGACUGCUGCAAUAUACUCGAUGUUCAUGGCAGAUAUCGGCCUUCCCACCUUCAAGCGCAAGUCGCCGAUCAAAACUAACACAGACAAAUCAUCCUAUCCAACCUACACCUGCAGUUCUCUCGAGCCAUACUUAGAUAUCUCACAGACAACGAUGGCAGAGACCUUCGACAAUAUCAACGCGCUUUCAGCCGAUCACCGCCAUCUCCUCGAUCCCGCGAACCAUCCGGGUUCCGAAGUCAGAAAGAAUAUCCUGGACAGCCACGUUUUACUCAAAUCGAACCUUGUUCAGGCGGCCUUCCCUGAUGCAGGACAUCUGCUUACCGAAAUUGUGCGCCAAUGGGAGACUGGCAGGACCGUGGUUGAGUUUGUCUCCGCUGAGCACCUGCUUCAAAAGGAACAGAGAAUCCGAGCUGUCACGCGCCUGAUUGGCAAUGAACUUCACUUGUUCGUUAUCCUUGGACCUGGUCUGAUGGGAGACUGGACCUCUAAUAUCCGCCGCAACUGCCAAGCCAUUGCGGAAGCUAUUGUCCAGGCUACUGCCGAAGCCAGAUUGGGUCUUUCUCAGGACCACUCUAUGGUUGCUGAGAUGCUUGUUGUGCAGCAUCGCGAGGACUCUGAUCUUUCUGUUCCAGAAGGCGUCAAGUAUCAGCUCGAGCGAAACCCAGCUGAGUGUCUCCGUGUCGCCACCCAAGGUCGGAGAACCUUCCUUCGCCAUCUUCUCCUUGGUGUGGAUUGUGACCUGGAGUGGGACAGUCUUCCAGAGAGUGCCAGGUCUUUUCUGGUUCGCCGUUGCUCAGGAAAGCCUGGCCCGAUCACGUCGUCUGAGCUUGAAUGGCUCCAGGCCAGGGCUGGCGUCUCGAGCCUCGAGGCUAUCGGUACUUAUGUCGCACGAUAUAAUCUUGGCGUCGCCAUGUCCACUGCCGUCAACUUCUUUGCCCAGACCUGGAUGAACCAUGAUCAAUUCCCAGACCACCCAGUUUUCGUUGAUUCGACCUUUGAGAAGCCCUUCCAAAGUCUUUUGCCGCCUCCUAUUGGCGCCAAUUUGCCCUUCUUCGAGAAAUUCAAGCUCUUCUUCCUUCAGCUGCACUAUAACAUCAGGACAACUCUCAAAUUCCUUAUCAUACCUCUUGUUGCUGAUAAUGAGUACCAGCGUGAACUGAACUACAAGCUUCGAAGGAAACCCCUCUUCUUUGCUGUACCUACAAAGCUGGUGCUUAACAGUAUCUGGUCUUUCGCCAAGCUCCUCCAGCGCAUUCUGAUCCCCCUGGUCUUACUUCAUGGACGUGAUAAUAUCUCAAACCUGUACAAGGCCACGCGAGGCUGGAAGACGAUUAUCGAGAAGGAUCGCAUUUUGGUCGAGAGCCUCAACGGACCCAUGUCCUGCUUCUAUCGGAUCCUGCCUGAUGGCAGCGCACGACUUUACCAGUACUCUGGUAAUCAUGCCGAGGUUCCGGGAAAUCUUUCUCAGCUAGAAGCCAUCAACACCUACUCAAGCAAGCUUGUAUUGCUCCGACGCGAGGAGUACAAGGUUAACAAGGUCAUUAAUGACUUCAGCUAUGAGUAUGCCGAUAGCAGCGAAAAGACGCGUGGAAAGAAGCUACCAAUCCAGCGGCACUGUACCGCAGGAGAGCGCGAGGGCGAAGUCAUUCAGUAUGAUGAGCGAGGUUAUAUUGUCUCUGGAUCUGGCAUGGAGGGUGUCAACCCUGUGCAGUUUAAUUUCGCUUUCCGAAAGAACGCCAAGUUUGAUGAUGAGCUCCUGUAUGGAGAGUACAACUUCCCUCACAUUCAGAUCAAGGUAACAUGGUGUAUGCCACCGCCCAACCGACCCGAGCGCACCAACACAUGGAUUCCUUAUCCCAGAGUCAGUGAAGCGAUGUUCAUCCAGGGUGAUGAUAUUCAUUUCGCCAGAUGGACAUACGAUCACAAGUUCCACCCCAUCAUUGAGACAACAUUGAACGGCAGAGAGGUCGAUACUCCUGCUAUGAUUCGUGAGGAUUGGUUCCACGUCCUGGACAAGCCAACUAAAAGUAGCUUCUUGCAUGAUAACCCCAUCUUCUUCUUUAACUCUGUCAAGUCGAACUUCUUUUCUCGUCUCUUGCGACUGAACGUCAAGCAACGCCGCAUUCCCACCUCGCGUGCUCGAACAAAUCUUUGGAAGUCGUGGAAAGGAAACAAACACUUUGAUGCAGUGACAACAAUCUGGCUAGAUGAACUUCUGCUUAGAUCCGACCGCGUUCUUCGUCCUUACUGGCGUAACCGCGACUUUGGCCGCAUGGAAGCUGCUACCAAAUACCUUGACGCCCAAGUCGAUACUAUUCUGGCUCGAGUUGAUAUCGAUCCUGAUGUCAGUUCCUGGACACCGAUGGCGUACAAGGUCAGUGAUCUGUACAGCUUUGGACAAGGUGGCGAUGCCAGAAUCAACACCCGCACGCUUUCUACCCAGAUUCAAGACACCGAUACUCAGCUCCACGUUCUCGCAAUGGAUACCGCUACCUGGCCCAACGAGCCUGGCGGUGUGUCUGCCUGCCGUCGUGAUAUGAUCAACGAUCUAAAGAACACCAGGUGGCACAUCAUCUCCGAAAACGCCAAUGACUAUGGAGUGCCUAAAUUUCAGAUUGAGAGAAAUGUCCAAUCCCUCACCCUUCUUCCUCAGUGGGGUCUGGAUUUCCUGAAUCCGACUCAUGGUGUUUUCCAGAACUGCCUUGACUCCGCUGUUGUUGACAGAUCUCAGGACACUCGCGUUGAGGAUAUUGAAAAACACUUCAUCCCUAUCCUCGCCAAGUUGGUUCGCUGCGCUCGUACAACCAACCUGAACCGCCAACACAUCGAAGAAGCAACCAAUGCUCUCGUCGACCUGAACACAUACUUUGAGUCUGGCAGAAGCUGGAACGACGUAUGGAUGAGUGAUAGUGUCAAGAGUGCUUGGCGCCAGAUGUGGCUGUCUGAAGAUGUUGACGAUGCGAUUCCUGUAUCGCAGUGGUGGAAUGCUGAGCUCCCAUCGUUGCAUCAGCUUGACAACGCUCUUGACAUGUGGCAUCGCUAUCUAUUCAUCUUCUCCAUUCCCGUACCGGAGAGAAUUCCCGAUGUCUUCCAGGUUUCUCACCACUUCACAGGCGCAACAUACGGUGUCAUUUGCAAGGCUAAGCGCAAGUGUGCUCUCCAUGUUUGGGAUCACUGUGUUAGUUUCCGAGAAAUGACUGUCUUCUUGUCUGCCGCCGUGUCUUUUGAUUCGACCUUCGUCAACACCUCCCUUAUCUCCCUUGGUCAUCUUGCAUGUGUUCUUAUUGAGCAUCAUGCCGAUGUCGUUCUUCCUUGUGCGGAGUACUUUAACCCCGGCUGGGAAGUUGAGCUUGGAACAGCCGAGGGUACCCUUCAGCACCGUCGCACUUUCGCUCGCAAAAUCGAUCCCGUCGUCAACGGCAUUACCAACAUGGAACGGUACAAGCCGAUCGAGAAGAUCAAGACCAAGACACCUACAGUGGUCAUGUUGUCUCACGUCCGCUACGUCAAGGAUCUGAAGACCGCCAUCAUGGCCACAGAUCUGAUCGUGAACAAGUGGGGCAUGACUGACUACUGUCUUCAUAUCUACGGUGACAUGGAACGUGCUCCUGCAAUUGCAUCUCAAUGCCAAGAAGUUAUCGCAUCCAAGGGUCUACGCGAGCAUGUCAUCCUCAAGGGUCUAGGCAACCCAUCUGUGGUGCUCCAGGAUGCAUGGCUCUUCAUGAACUCUUCCAUCUCAGAAGGUCUCCCUCUGGCCAUGGGUGAAGCUGCUUUGACCGGUGUCCCCGUCGUUUGUACAGACGUCGGUGCAUCCUUCUGUGUUGUAACAGACAGAGCAACAGGCAAACGGUUCAGCGAAGUCGUCGCCCCCAACGACUACGACUCUCUCGCCCGAGCCCAGAUCCGCGUCCUUGCCCUCCUAGAACAAUGGGCUCCCUUCGCUGAAGAUAAGGAAGGAGACGUGGUGCCGAAGCUCGAGUUCAACCCGACACCCGAAGAGAUCAAAACAAUAUCCGACCGCAUGUACGCGAAGCAAGAACAACGCAUCCGCUUCGGAAUGAAGGGUCGUGAUAAUGUGCUCAAUUCCUUCUCGAGUCACCGUUACCUCCGCGAGCACGAGCAAAUGCUCUGGCUAGGAAAAUACCAAAGCCACAGCUUCAUGUCUCGCAGUGCCGUGAACUCAGCCAGCUCCAGUGCCAUCUUUACCGAGAAGAAGACUGCCCAGCAGCGAGUCUCAUAUCUCUCAACUACAUCCAGCGUGGCCACAUCACCGGACACACCCCGUUCCAUUUCUGGAUGGCGAGGACUAAGGAACUAUCAACAAUCUGGGUUCCGCUCAUCCAACUUGUCUGUCUCUCAAACGCUUGUUUAA